AUGGAUCCGCCCCCUGAACCGCUCUCCCCUGAAAAUAAGCCUCGAAUCACCGACGCGUCCACUGCUACCCCUGGUUCCUCGCCGACUUCUCCUGACCAAGCUACUACUAUGGCCACCAUGGUCGUGGCUCCCCCGCCUGCCCAGCAUCCCUCGCUGGCAGGCCCACCUCCCUCGGCAACGACGACGACGACGACAGCGGCAGGGACGAAGCGAUACCGGCCAGCCCCCACCAAGACGUUCCAAUGCCGCGGCUUUGGCGACUGCACGAUGGUAUUCUCGAGGAGCGAGCACCUGGCUAGGCACAUCAGAAAACACACCGGCGAACGCCCCUUCUCGUGUCACUGCGGCAAACAGUUCUCUCGACUUGACAAUCUCCGACAGCAUGCGCAGACGGUGCACGCCGACAAGCAGGAGCAGAACGAGCGGAUGAUGCGCGAUCUGACGUCGCUGCAUGCUUCUAUGGCCGCGGCGAACAAGGUCGGCGGUGGGUCACGCGGUGGACGGAGGACUGCGACGAGUGGAUCGACGAACAAUCAGGGCCACCAGGUUGGCGGGGGAAGCGGGAGGGCAGGAGACCGGGAUGUGGGGGUGACGCCGAAGCAGGAGGAUCUCGGCGUAGUGCCGAUGCACCAGCGGCCUGGGACGAGCACUGGGUACGAAGGUGGGGAUGUGUAUGGUUCGACGUCGGCGUCAUGGCACGUGUCGACUGGGGAAGAUGGACACCCUCCGCGGCCUAGCGGGGGGAGUCAUUCGUUUCGUGAACCCGGGCAGUCCUUUCUUGGUCCGGCACACGCCUCAGCUGGAGCAACAGCCCCCGGCCAGUCCUUUCGAGUCUUCGGAAGCAGCCACGGCGGGGAUGGACGUCCACGGACGUCGAGCUCCCGGCCGCCCACCUCGACUGGUGUUGCCGGCGACGCACAACGGCGGACGCUCCCGCCGCUCUCAGCAGUCGUCUCCGCAUCCCUCCAGCACCGGGAGUUCCGGGAGCAACAGCAGUUCCCCACCCCUCCACCCUCCGCUCACUACAACUACGGGAUCCACGGACAGUCCACACAGCACGUACUUCCAUUUCCCUCCCAAUUCAGACGACCUGCAACACGCCCAGGCACUGCCCCAGCCUCAGCAGCGUUCUUCUCCGCCAAACCUUCUCUCUUUGCACCAAGACUUGGAAUGGACAGGGCCGAGCUACCACCACUAUCCGGACAUGGACGUCCCCCAUCAUCUGCCUUCGCCGGGUACGCCGGCAGUGGUGGACUGGGUGAACCAGACGCAGACUACGAUGAAUACGGCGCACAAAGAGACCAAGAUGACCCAUUCUUUUUCCACCCACCUGCCCUCACCGACCCACAGCCAGGGCCAGGCCCUCUCCCCCCACCCACCGCACCCGCCACAGCCACCUCACCGUCCGCCGUCAACCCUCGUAAACGGGCUUUCGCAGGACCAGAUGGCCCAUUCGAUGAUGCCUCACCCGCAGGGUCGCGCGAGCCCCCGGGAUCAGCAAGUCGCCCAGCAACAUCAUACGACUAUGGCUCAGAAUCAAGACCUCAGUCUCGCAGAAUCUCAGUCAUGGAACUCUGCAAUGACACCGAUACACCACCCAAAUCCUCAAGUGGUUACUCCUCAGCCACAACAACAGCAGCAGGACCCACUCCAUUUUUACUAUCCGCCAGCUCCAGCCUCUCCAGCGCUGGGGGCGGUAGUGGACCCGUCGGCGUUGGUCGGUCAUUCUCCGCAGGAACAACAGCCAGUGGUUCAGGCGCCAGUCCCGAAUCGCGGCCUACCACUUCUUCAGGACUCGUCUCAUCGACUAAGACGCUCCACAUCUUCGAUCGCGGUUCACCCAUCUCAUCAAGCCCACCCUUACUCACGCGACCUGCGAAUGCCGCCGUCGUCUCAGCUCUCACAGGAAAUCCUGUUGGGUCGUCGGAAUUCGGAGCCGAUGGUUCAGCAGGUGCAGGAGGGCGAGUAUCAUCAUCAUCAUCAUCAACAACAACAGCAGCAGCAUCUUUUGGAGGGAAUCGACGUCUACCCUCACCCACCCCAGGCUCAUCAACACUAUUACCUUUCUCCACCGCACGACGUGAAUUCGGGUUCGGAUUCGCCCAUCAUCCCACCCCACCCCCAUCUUCAGGCGCCUCGAGCCGUGACGCUCACGGCGGCGACCGUUUCUUCGCCCAGUCUCACCAUCAAUCCCAUUCCCAGUCCUAUCAGCAAUCCCAACACCACCAACACCACCACCACCUCCCUCCACUCUCAGUCUCUUCCUCCCUCUCAGGCGGAGGCGGGUCAGGGACAGGCAACAUCGGGGGGAACAACACAAGUCUCGCAGCCUCUUUCGCUUUCGCCAGCCGGGAUCGAGAUCUCACCCACUCACCCGCAUUUUCCGCCGCAUCCGUUAGCUCGACCACAUCCGAGUCAACCACACGGUCCAGUAGUUCAGACGAGAGUGAGCCGCUUGCAGGGGCGUCACCCGAUCGACGGGCUGGGUGGGGUGAGCGGUGGGGUGGGCGGGAAUAUGGGAGUCAACGCGAAUAUGGGAGGGAGUAUGAGCGUGAACGGGAGUGGGAACGGGACAGGGACGGCGACGACGCCGGGCGGUAUAGUCCACGAGCUCGACUUGGUUCAGGGCGUGGAUUCGCUGGAGAUGGGUAUGAGCGUGAGCGAGCAUAUGGUGCAUCAUCACCCCACCAUGCAUCCGCACCACCCGCACCACCACCAGCAGGCACAUCUUCAGCAGCAGGGGCACCUUCCCCGACAGCACCCGCAGCACCCACAUCAGCAGCACCCGCAUCAGCAGCAGCAACAGCGGGAGCACCAGCACCAGCAGCAACAGGACCAUCUCCGCCAACAGCAUCUCCAAAGGCAGCACGAGCAUCACCUUCAACAGCAACAACAGCAGCAGCAGCGGGAACUGCAAGUACAGCAGGAGCGGUAUCUGGAGGUGCAGCAUCAGCAGAUGGUUAUGCACCAGCAGCAGGAACACCAUCGACAGCAGCAGGAACAGCAGCAUCGGCAGCACCAGCAGCAACAGCAGUAUCUCGCUAUGGCGGCGGCGAGCAGCGGGAUCAAGUUCGAGCCUUCUCUCCUCAGUCCUCCCCCGUUGUUGUAGAGAUGAGUGUUUAG